CCGAAGCCCGCUGUGCGGCAUUGCGCCCGCGGCUUUAUUCCGAAUGAGGAAUCUCGUGGCACCAAACCAGUAGGAGGUCGCUGUCGGCCCGGCCAGCUUGGGGGCCCCCGGCUUGACUGGAGGCUAGCAGCUCGGCCUUACAGUAGGCUGCCGCGGGUUAGAAGGUUCAUGAUCCUGGGGAAGCGGGUGCUCGAGCUUGUGGCUUGUAAGCCAGCUCUGGCCCGCGUCCAGCCGAGCCGCUGCAGUCUUGGAUCUUGAUCUGGCGGCAGGUCUUGGGCCAGUAGAGGUGGGCGACGGCCAUGUUAACAAAGGCCAACAUGGCUGACUUCUCACUCUCCCACAUCACCAUGUGGCUCGGCAUAUUAGCCGGUGCCGGCAUACUCUACACAACAUGCAUCGUCGUUUACCGCCUCUACUUCCACCCGCUGGCCAAACACCCAGGCCCAUUCCUCGCCAAGAUCACCGACGCCUACAUGCUAUGGCACAGCUACAAGGGCGACAGGCACCUGGAGCUGUGGCGCAUGCACCAGAGGUACGGGCGGGUUGUGCGCUGGGGGCCCGACUCCCUCUCGUUCAACUCGUCGACGGCGCUCAAGGAGCUCUACGGCUUCCGCAGCAACGCGCGCAAGUCCGCCUUCUACGACGCGUUCGUCCACCCGGCGCCAAACACGCACAACUGCCGCGACAAGGAGCUGCACGCCCGCAAGCGGAGGGUCAUGGCCCACGCCUUCAGCGACGGUGCCAUCAAGGAGAUGGAGAGGUAUAUCCUCGCCAACAUCCGCACGUUUUGCGAGCAGAUCGGCAGCCAGGCCGGCGGCAGCAGCACGGAUGCCAAGGGCUGGACCACGGCGAGGUGCAUGUCGGACUGGUUCGGAUACCUGGCCAUGGAUAUCCUCGGCGACCUGUGCUUCGGCAAGGCCUUCCACAUGCUCGAGAGGCCGGACAACCGGUUUGCCAUUGAGCUCGUGGGCACGGCAGCUCACCGGCACCUGAUUUGCGGCACAAUGCCCAUCCUCAACACCUUCUCCCUCGACCGCCUCCUCUUCCCCAACAUCGCCGCCGGGCGCGCCAGGUACAUGGCCUACUCGCGGGGCCAGCUGACGGAGCGCACCAAGCUGGGCGACGAGACGGACCGCCGCGACUUCUUCUACCACCUCCUCAAGGCGCGCGACCCGGAGACGGGCCAGGGCUUCACCACGCCCGAGCUGUGGGGCGAGUCGAACCUGCUCAUCAUCGCCGGCAGCGACACCACGUCGACCGCCCUGGCCGCCACCCUCUUCUACCUGACCCGCAACACGCACGCCCUCGGGAAGCUGCAGGACGAGGUGCGGUCGCGCUUCGCCGACGUCGAGGACAUCCGCCAGGGGCCCCUGCUGAACUCGUGUGCUUACCUGCGCGCCUGCGUCGACGAGGCCAUGAGGAUGAGCCCGUCGGUCGGCGGGCUGCUGCCCCGUGAGAUCCUGGCUGGCGGCAUGACCGUCGACGGCGUGUUCGUCCCGGCUGGUACUGUGGUCGGCGUGCCGCACUAUACCAUCCACCACAAUGCCGAGUAUUACCCCAGCCCCUUCACGUACGCCCCUGAGAGGUGGAUCGCCGGGUCGAAGCUGGAGUUUGGGAAUGUGGUCGGCGAGUCGGACACGGCGGUGGCGCAGAGCGCAUUCUGCCCGUUCAGCAUUGGACCCCGUGGGUGCAUCGGCAAGGGGCUGGCAUAUGUCGAGAUGAUGACAGCGCUGGCGAGGACCGUGUUCUUGUAUGACAUGAGGAGGUCGGUGGGUGUUGUUGACACGGCCGAGGGGCAGAAGGGAAGGGAGUGGGGGAGGGAUCGACCGGACGAGAUGCAACUGAUCGACACGUUUACGAGCUGGAAGGAGGGCGUCAUGGUUGAUUUCAGGAAGAGGGACGGCAUCUAAUCAGCUGCCGCCUCCGGCAAGACCGAGUCGCAGAAGAUUGGGUUCCUCCCAAGGUCGCCAUGAUCAGGCGAUAUGAGAAUGAAACAAGGCGAGGUAGCUUUUGCAUGGGACAUUGAUAGCGUAGUGUCUUUGUUUGUCGGGCAAUAUGUCAGUGAAUAGAAUGAAAACAACCUCUCUCUCAGAAGGUUGGCGAUGA